AUGAAAGCAAUUUAUCACGUACGAACUGCACUGGAACGUUUGUGGAAACGAAAAAUGGUGAAAGUUGGAGUCGUUUUGUUCCUAGUAUUUGAAUUCGUAGUAUUUGUUAGAUUUGAUAAAUUAACCAGAAUAUUCAACGAAAGAAACAAAACGGCAGUUGCACGAGAAAAUUCGACCGGUUUGCAGAUGACAAUAUCGAUUAGAGAAUCUCCCAAAGCGCUCAACAUGUCAGGUUUCUUAAAUUUGCAUUUGUGGUCAGAUACUUGUGCGAAAAACUUAGACAUUUUGUGUAAUUUUCCUAUGUUUCCAAGAGCUCCAGCUCAAAGACUUGUGCUGAAAAAAACGGUAAUUACGGGCAACUUGACACAGGCGAAGGAAAUGAGGUUGUUUGGGUAUAUAAACCCGAACGAAUCUGGCUUGUUUCUUUUCAUGGUUAAAUUUUGCACUGCUGAAGUCCAUCUUGGCUACCACAAGAACUGGAAAGAAGCAAUGAAGAUCAUAUCCUUAGAUGCUGGAAAAUUUCCUGAAAACAAGUCAGACUCCCAAGUUUCCUCAGCAAUUGAUCUGAUAGCUGGAGAGAAAUAUUUCAUAGACAUAGUUGCCAUUUGUGUUCACAGCAUUAACAAGUUACAACUUUUGUGGAAAACUCCAAGUAGCUCUGGUUUUGAAAUCAUAAACUCAACAUUUUUAUUCCCAAACAUGGAUGACAGCAGCUCAUUUAAUUUGAAUUUUUACGAUGAACACAUACCAGAUUCUCAAGCCUGUGCUCUGAGAAGGAAUGAAACAAUUUAUUUUAAAUUGCCAAGUCAAAUGAGUCACUUAUCACAUGAGCAAGUGAAAAAUAUCUUACCAUAUUGUGAGUAUAAACCAAGUUACAAUUUGAAUCGCAGAGUAUCGGGAUACGAAGCUGUGACAUAUCGUGUUGUUCAUUCAUUUAUAUACCCAUUUCCUAAACAUGAACAACUUAGAGACCAAAAAAAAUGGAUUUAUGCACUUGGAGAAAAUGAGACAAAAGAGGUUGUUUACACCUUCAUGGAGGCGCUUCGCAGUAAAGAACUGAGGUAAUGAAAUCACAAUUUAGCAGUUAUGGUCAAAAUAAGAGUAGUGUGUCAGGAAAUUCAUUCACUUAUUUUAGGAAAAUUUUGACUCUGGGAAGGGUUUGUGUGUCAGGUUAGGCAUAGCAUUGUUAUUAUCCUGCUACUGCAUGGACAACCAAAUGCAAAUGAAGAAGAGAACCUUGCAGAAUCUUAAGAAAUGUGUUUAAGGGCUGGUUGACUUGUUGAAGGAUAGUUUGAACUGUGAGUGACCUGAGGCAUGCUGUUGUUGCCUGGCAUCUAUAGAGAUAACCAUGAACUAAAGGUUUGUAAAUUGGUGAAGUAAUGUGUGUAAUGAGAAUGAUAAUAAUGAAGGUAAUAAGUAAUGGUAAUAGGACUAUGAUAAUAAUAACAAUAAUGAUAAUUAGGAUGAUAGUAAUUGUGAUAAUAAUUAUGAUAAUUAUAAUUAUGAUAAUUAUAAUUAUGAUAAUUAUAAUAAUUAUAAUUAUGAUAGUUAUAAUUAUGAUAGUUAUAAUUAUGAUAAUUAUAAUAGUAAUAACAAUUUGGUGAUAAGAAUACUAAUGAUAAUGUAAAUGGUAGCUACAGUGAUAAUAAUAGUAUUAAUAAUAAUAGAUAUUUUUUUGCUUUCAACUCCUAAAAUGUCUCUCUACAAUUUCAACCCCGAAUCAAACAUUUAGGUCAAGUGAUUAAUGGAAUUAAUUGCCAUCUGAAGAAGCACUUGAUUGUUAAACAAAUUCUCCUUGUCAGCACCUUAGGAUAUGUAUAGAGAACAGUAUAGAGAAUAUUGAUACUGAUGUUAGGGUGGAAAGGGGUAAGGUGACCUGGGGCUAUACUGAAAUGUAAAGCAUACCUCGGAUGCACUUUGGUCCAUUUUGAUCCAUAAGCCUUUUAUCAGUGUAUUGCAUGAGUAUAUCUUAAUUGGAACGGAAAAUUGUCAGUAAUCAGUGCUGUCAUUGGUUACUCAUGAUUACUGCCUCAAUAUCUGACUGAUUACUUGUUUCCUUAAUAGGAGGUUUGAACUGAUGAAAAUAAGAAAUGUGGAAAGAAAGACAGAUCCAAAAAGAGGCGACCGAUAUCUGAUCGAAGUUGAGCUGCUUGAUCUAACAAGCAGCAGCAAAGUGAUUUUAUCUGAAUAUGUGUUCAUGGCCAAAGAAGAAAAGAAACUUUGUUACCCAAAGGGAUUUCAGUGGAACAGAACGGUCGAUGUUUAUCUGGUGGCAACAGCAAAAAAUCUUGGAAGAUGGCUGCAUCAUUUUAUUAAAAACGUUGAGAAGAUUAUACAUGAAACGAACGAUCAAAAUCUUCAUGUUGUGAUUUACGAUUACAACAGCUCUGACAUCAACUUGGAAAAGGUUUUAAAGGACAGUUCUCUGACAAAUUACAUGUUCAGAAGAGAGAGUGGGAAAUAUUCGCGGACGCAUUCCUUUACUGAGGCAAUAAAACUCGUAUCAAACCCGCACAGUAUUAUUGUCAUGGUGGAUCUUCAUCUCCAUAUCGCUGCGCCAUUUAUCAACAGCGUUCGAAAAGUAAGUUGAAAUAUAUAUAUAAAGAAAAAUAAAAUUGUGUCAGUUGAUAGAAAAACAAUGACUAGAUAACCAUAGAGAUUUAUCCAGCGGAUAUUAGUUCCAUCCUCUGAACAACAGGGUCUUGGAAAGGAUGAUUUCGGAGGUGAUUGUGGUUUGAUGGCUCAUUUCAUGCUGUGUUUCCUUUUUCAGCAUUGUAUCGAAGGUCGUAUGGUUUACACGCCGAUCAUUGUUCAAAUGGCCUGCGGCUCUAAUCCGGCAAACUUGGUCGGACUGUGGCAAGUGUAUGGUUAUGGGAUAAUAGGAUUAUACAAGUCGGACUGGGACCGAGCCGGGGGAUUCGGGAUGAAUAAAAACACCUGGGGAGGAGAGGACUGGAUACUAAUGGACCGGCUUGUCAGUGUAGGACUGGAGUUUGAACGCAUGCGCACUCCUUAUGUAUACCAUUAUUACCAUUCAAAGAAGGGACUGUGGUGAUUCAAGGUCUUGUUCAAAUUUUUUAGAGCAACUCUAAGUUGUUUAAGAGAAUGAUAACGCGUCAUCAUUAAGUGUUGACUAGUCGCUGGAGUCCUGUGGUCAGGGAAUAAAGCUGUGCUGUGCAAUUAAUUUUUCCGGUCGUUGGUACGACGAUUAUACGACGAUUAUACGACGAUUAUACGACGAUUAUACGACGAUUAUACGACGAUUAUAAGAAUAAAAUAGUAACUACGGAUCUAUCUUCUAAAGAUUACGACGCGAAACUAUUCGCACCACCCACUGGCUAUCACGGCUUACCUUUAUUUAUUAAUACAACUACCGUGAACGACUAAAACUUACUUUAGAUAUUGCGAACGCAUUUCGAAAGGGUGCAACAGAAAACGGUAGACGUAGUUGUAAGAAAUUCAGUGCAGGAAAGCUACGGGAACGCACAAGGAACUUGAAAGAAAAGUACUACGGGUAUGAUACGGAGAUGAAACAAGGGGAUCAAGAGCAAGCGCUCUGGAAAACAUUCAGGUCCGAGGUCUAACCCAAACCGCGGUUUUACGCAAGCAGUGGGCCUUACUUAUUCUCUAUAAGAUGGUUUCUCUUUGUAAUAAAAUAAAUGUCCUUCUACGGCUAGCUUUCGGCCCUGUUGACACUGUUCACGAAAAUGAAUGUUCAGAUAAAAGAUUCAGCCAAAUUCAAGGUAGUUUGGAAGCAGUUUUGUUAAACAACAGCUAAACUCUUUUUGAAUAACCAACCUUAGUCUUGAUAUAAGGGGGGGAGGGGGGAUUUUUCGAGUUUAUUUGUGGGUAUUUAUGGAAAUUCCUCACUGGUUAUUAAAAUUUCCC